AUGAAGGUACCUACAACACAAGACAAUUUAUGGGUAGCAGCUGGCGAUGGUCAAUUAGACAGAGUUAAAGAAUUAUUAGAAACUGGUGUUGAAGUGAAUAGUCAUGAUCAAUUCGGUUAUACAGCCAUGCAUGCCGCAGUUUCAUACAGCCAAUUUGAAGUCGUGAAAUAUUUACUUGAAAAGGGGGCCAAUGUGAAUGUCCAAGAUUUCGAAAAAGAUACACCUUUAUAUGUUGCAGAGACAGUGGAGAUGGCACAGUUAUUAUUAGAUCAUGGAGCCGAUCCAAAGGUAGUGAACGAGGAUGGAAUUACACCUGCUGCCACAGCUUACGAAGAAGGAUGGGACGAUGUGGCUCAUUUGUUGGCUGCCAUUACAAAGGAAGUGUUGGUGCCUACUGGCGAAGAAGAGGAGGAGGAUUCAUUAGCUCAUAUGGAACAAGAAGAAAACGCGGAAGACGAUGAGGAAAUGGAUGAAGAAUUAUCAAACAAGAUGCAAGAAAUUAUGAAGCGUCUUGAAGAACAAGGUGGUGUUGAAAAUGAAGAAGAAUUGAGAGAAAUGAAAAUUGAAAAACUUGGUGAAGGUACCUACGGUAUCGUUUAUAAGGCACAAAACCGUGAAACCAACGAAGUUGUUGCUUUGAAACGUAUUCGUCUUGACAAUGAGGAAGAAGGUGUACCUUGUACGGCCAUUCGAGAGAUUUCAUUAUUAAAAGAAUUAAAGCAUCCAAAUAUUGUCAGACUAUAUGAUGUGUUGCAUACGGAAAAGAAAUUGACACUAGUAUUUGAGUACUUGGAUUCCGAUUUGAAAAAGUUUUUAGAUUCAUAUGGUGGAGACAUUGAUGUUAUCACCUUAAAACAAUUAAUGUACCAAUUGCUUAAAGGAAUAGCCUUUUGUCAUGCACAUCGUGUUCUACACAGAGAUUUAAAGCCCCAAAACUUAUUAAUCAACAAGAAAGGUGAAUUAAAGCUGGGUGAUUUCGGUCUUGCAAGAGCAUACGGUAUUCCUGUUCGAAGCUAUUCGCAUGAAGUUGUUACUUUAUGGUACCGUGCACCCGAUGUGUUGAUGGGUUCACGUCAAUACUCCACUUCAAUUGAUUUAUGGUCUGCUGGAUGUAUUUUUGCAGAAAUGGCUUCGGGUAGACCUUUAUUCCCUGGAAGUUCUAUUCCCGAUCAAUUACUAAAGAUCUUCAAGGUGUUGGGUACACCUACCGAAGAAAUCUGGCCUAAAGUAUCUCAACUUCCUGAAUAUAAGCGUGAUUUCGAAAUCUUUCCCAAAAUACAAUUGGAAACUCUUUUGCCCAAAUUGGAUCAUCACGGCAUUGACUUAUUAAAGCGCCUUCUUGAAUAUCCACCCGAAAAACGUAUCACAGCCAGUGAUGCCUUACAGCAUCCUUAUUUCGAUGAGCUGCGGAAAAAGGAAAUGUCAAGUGCUGACAAUGUGACAAAGGAAAAUAGCAGAUAA